CUUCUCAAGCUUUUAAAAGGAACAGUAGCUGCAUACAAGAAUUCAGUCUGCAGUCAGUCUCUGCCAUCUCAGCUCUAGUCCUGAGGAGCUUGAGCAAUCCUGACAUCAUGUCCAAGUCAGAUCAGAUGAUGAGCAGUGCAGCCAGCUUCACUGAAUCAGAGUUCUCCGAGGAGGAAGCUGAAACCAGCUCAAUGUCAGAAGAAAGCAAGAGAAGAGCGGGCUCCUCACAGGGCAGCGAGAGCUCGGCCAGCUCUGGAGACGUGGAUGAGAUCCGCUUCAAGAAAAGAGCCAGGCCUGUCCGGUCCAAAGCCAGGAGGGUGGCAGCCAAUGUGAGGGAAAGGAAGAGGAUCUUGGAUUACAACCAAGCUUUUAAUGCUCUGCGAAUGGCUCUGAAGCAUGAUCUCAAUGGCAAAAGACUGUCAAAAAUCGCCACCCUCAGACGGGCCAUCAACCGGAUAUCUUCGCUCUCACUUUUUCUGCGUACCAAUCCUGUCCAGAGGCUCGUCUGCAACCACAAUGAAUGCCACGGUCAGUUUGAAGAGCCACAAGUGGAAAACGCCAAAACGGGAAGUCCACAGUCUUUUCAGGUAGUGCCUGAGAGCCACAGGCAUCCUGCCCACAGCCUACAAACUGCCACUGAGCCAGUGUAUGCCGAGACAGCUGCCCACUUCACCCCCACCUGCUCUCCUGUGCCAGUCUAUUCCAAAUACAUUCCAGAGACUCAAUUUUACUUUCACCAGGGACAUUACGGCACAUCAAAAGAAGACACCCAAAGCUCCCCAUAUUACGGCGGAGGGGGUAACGCUGCCUAUCAGUAUGCAGUGCGCACAUCUUGCCACCAGAACAAUGUGGAUAACUAUGCGGACUCUUCAACAGCUGUGUCAUUUUCCUGGCAGCUCGGUUAUUUACAAGGUACUGGCUACCAACAGUCCUUAUCCAUGCACUGAGAUCUGUGGCCAGGUGCAUUCUGUGAACUUGGGCUUGUCACAACUCAGGCUGACCUGAAUCAGAACAAUCCGCUACAUGGUUGAGACUGGCCAAUGUGAGUACAGUUGCCAGAAUAAAAGACGUUGCCCCAUGAGAGCAUUUUUUUUUGUUUUACAAAAGCAUUAAUUUUAAAUCGAUGAUUGUAAGUAGAAAUGUUUUGCUGAAUAAAUGUGAGACUUAUUUUUAAAAGCU